AUGUCACAAUGAUGUCACCCUGGCAGGUGGUGAUGGCGGAGCGGCGGGCCGAGUGUCCGUGGAAGAGACACAUCUCAGAUCAGCUGAAGCUCAGAGACAGAGUCCAGAGACAGGCCUUCGAGGAGAUUGUCCUCCAGUAUAACCGUCUGCUGGAGAAGUCUGACCUGCAGGCUGUCCUCUCUGAGAGAUACCAGACAGACAAGUAUGAUGUCCAAAGAGGACACGAGGCCAAUCUGUCCUCAGAGGGACGCAGCAGUGACGUCCUGCAGCAGGAGAUGUCUCAGAUGAGGAUCAGACACCAGGAGGAGCUGACGGAGCUGCACAAGAAACGAGGAGAGGUCAGUCACACCAUCACAGAGGACGUGAUGUCCUCAGAGACAGCUGCAGACACUCAGGACGUGAUGUCCUCAGAGAGACAGCUGCAGACACUCAGGACGUGA